AUGUUACCAACACGUUCGCUAAGGUCCAUGAAGGGCCGGCUGGCCGCUCUAGCCGAAAACGCCCGGCCCUCGAAGGAAGAUCCGCACGCUGGCAAGAUUUUCGACGAGAACGGAGAGGAGGUUGUUCAGGCAUUGAACUUCAACCAAGUCAAGGAACAGAACAAACGAGACGAAGAUGAGUUCCACAAAAAGUACCCUCGCCACAUUGCCUACUCCAAGAUGCCUUCCUACGCCUCGAAACAAGACCGCCUCAAUGCCGAAACCGUUCCGUGGACGGGAGAAGAAGGGUUUGAACAAGGAGUGCUUCGAAUGUUAGAAGACGCACAUAAGCCACUGGGAGGCCAGGCUGUGAGGAGCGGCCAAGGUGUUCCGCUUCCCAAACGAGCUCCAAAGGUAUCCGUAUCCGCUCGACUAUCUGGAGCACGUGACCAGUCGCUGGACUACACCAUGGACAAGGUGACCGGCACGAAACCUGUCAAGGACGAGGAGAUGUCUGCUACAAGGAGACGAGCGUUGGACUCCAUGGGCACGCUCAAUGGUCCUGUUAUUCUCAGUGGAAUCCAGAGCAUUGCCGAUCAGCGUAUCGAAGACGCCCGAAAACGAGGUCAGUUUGAUGGUAUCAAGCGUGGCGUGCCUCUAGACCUCAAGCACAGCUCCAACCCCAUGAUCGACGACACCGAGUACUUUCUCAACUCGAUGCUCAAACGACAAAACAUUUUGCCACCGUGGAUCGAGCGCCAGACUAAGUUAGGCGUCAAAACUGACAGGCUUAUCUCCGAUAUGCGUGUGUCCUUCAUUCGACAUGUUGUACAUUCCGUCGUGCGCAAGUCGAAGCGUCUAGAGGACGUUCUAGGGUCUCUCGACAAACACAGCUACGAAAAUGGCGACCCCAGCUGGGAACAGAACGCAUUAAAGUACCAUGAAACCGCCCUGGAGGGCCUGAACUCUAGCAUCCGGUCCUAUAACCUACAGGCCCCUCAACCGGCCAGACGGGGCUAUCUUAGCUUCGAGGACAUUCUCAAGUGCGUCUACAGCGAUGUGGACAAGGCGAUUCGGCAGGAGGUGAUUCGCGAGAUGACAGCAGAGAAAAAGAAGCCGCCACAGCUGUAUGAACGCAAGGUGAUUCGGGAGAAGGAGCUGCCCAAGUGGCGGGUCAAGGACAUGUGGGGUCAUCUUUUUGGUUAG